AUGCCCGAGAAGUUCGUCAUCUCCGCCGAGACGGCCGAGACCAUCCGCCGCAAGAAGGCGCAGUACUGCCGCUUCGCCGACAGCCUCGAGUUCGACCGCUUCGACACCAUCAUGCUGCCCGAGUUCACCUUCGAGGGCGUCGACCUCGACGGCAACGUCCUCGUCGAGAACGGCCUGCGGUACCGCUGGGAGUCGCGCGCCGAAUGGGUCGCCCACUUCAGCGCCUCGCUCAGCGCCAUGCAGUCGAUGCACCUCGUCGACAUGGGGGACCUCGAGCAGGUCGCCGAGGACGAGGUCCGCGCCAUCUUCGGGCUCGUCUACCACGCCGGCACGCGGGGCACCGACGGCCUGCACGUGACGGGCGCGGGCCAUUACUACGAGACAUGGAAGAAGGUCGACGGGGACUGGUUCAUGGCGAGCUCCUCGAUGAAGAGGCUGUUUUACAAGAUCCAGGGGGUUUGA